AUGGUUAGCGAAUCGUUUGUCCACGCAUGUGCCGGCGGUGCCGGUGGUCUCGUCUCGAUGACGCUGACCUACCCGCUUAUGGGUAUCUCUACUCGCGCGGCGGUCGACCGCUCGAAGAACCCUGGUGAGUCGCUCUUGAAGGCCGUCACGACGGUGAUUGCGAAGGAAGGUGUGCGUGGCCUGUACGAUGGUCUCAGCUCCUCGCUCAUCGGUAUUGGUGUUGCGAACUUUGUGUACUACUUCUUCUUCGAGGCAGCUCGUGACUUUAUCGUGACCUCGAAGCGCUUGGCGCGCAGCACGUCUGGUAAGCUCGGUACCCUGACGACGCUCGAAAGCAUUGUCGCAGGUCUGAUCGCUGGUACGGCUACAGCGCUGAUCAGCAACCCCAUCUGGGUCGUCAACACGCGCCAAACUGUGCGUGUGACGCAAAAGGACGAAGACUCGACGAUAGGCACCAAGAAGGUCGUCAAGCGCCUUUCCUUCCUUGAGACGCUUCGCAGCAUUGUGGAGAAGGAUGGCGUGAAGGCGCUGUGGAAGGGUAUCGGCCCAGCGCUGGUACUGGUCACCAACCCGGUGCUGCAGUACACGGUGUUCGAGCAGAUCAAGAACUGGGUGCUCAAGAGCCGUCUCGCGGCUCGUGGCGGUAAGGUGACCGACCAGCCGCUGCUGCGUGACAUUGACUUCUUCUGGCUUGGCGCGCUGAGCAAGCUGAUUGCGACCAGCAUCACGUACCCUCAGAUCGUGAUCAAGUCGCGUCAGCAGGCGCUGUCCAACGACAAUGCGUACAGCCAGAAGAAGGUCAACGUGUGGACGGCCAUGACCGAUGUCGUUCAGGAAGAAGGCUUCGGUGGUCUCUACCGCGGUAUCUCGUCCAAGCUGCUGCAGUCGAUCCUCACAGCGGCCAUUCUUUUUGCUUCGAAGGAGCGCAUCUACAACAUUACCAAGGCUCUGCUGGUGCAGGCCUAA